GUGUUGACUCUCUGCGUCUGUCCAAGCGGAGGUGCCGAAGAAGUCGGUGACACAUUAUGGAAAUCUUUCCCAGGGAUAAUCUCUCUCUCCCGCUGCAAGGCUCAUCGCCAUCCGAUCCGGUGAAACCUGGUCCUCGAUAUGAUCUUUGGAACUCAGUGGUCUUCACCAACUUUGAGCUGAUGGAGAACUCGAGCUUUGCACCACUCCCGGGGCAGGACAAAUACCCGGAGAGGAAAAUAUGGCACGACGCUCCGACAGUACCGACUCCCAGCCGUCUGCCCGUUUUCAGCAACAUAUCCCAGAAAGGACUCGGUGGAGGAUCUCCCUCCAUGAGUCUGAAUCCUUUAUCUAGCGAAGGCUCCAGGGGAUGGGAGGCUUAUGCCUGCCAGUCAUCAUCAUCGUCAUCGUCCACCUCGUCCUUGUCUUCUUCCUCCGUGAAAAUCGAGGUGAUAAUUCGCAAGCCCUCUAAGCCCUUAGAGUCGCUAUUGAAUCGGAAAACUUUCUGAGCGACGAGCUCUGGCUGGCUUCGCGAAAAGAUUCGCAGAUAUCCAUGAGCAGGUUUUGGAAUAGUUCUAAAAUCUUCAUUCAAGUCACGUCUGGCCGCCGACUUGAGCCGUUGUCUCCUGGAGGAC